AUUCAAAAUGAGGAUCCAGAGUUUUUUGCGUCAGUGUUUGGGGACAACGAUAAUGGCCUUCCCGAAGUUCCUUCUCGGCUCCGGGACGGUAUGGCCGUCCUACGCCCUGCUCAUCCUCCAGAGCGCGUCCACGCCCCUCUCCGGACCCAUCAGUCUCUUCGAAGAAGCCCUCAUAGGCAGUCUACCCUACAUCUCCAGCAUUUUCAUGUCGCCCUUCGGUGGAGUCAUUGUAGAUAAAUUUGGGAGGAGAUGGAGUGGCAUUUUUACUAAUGUUAUAGUUGCGAUAUCGUGGGUAUUUGUUAUUUACGGGACAACAUCUCCUAUGUUAUUAAUUGGAAGGUGCUUAUUUGGCGUCAGCGGUGGUCUACUUAUGCAGGUAGCCUGGGCAUUCGCAGCAGAAGUAUCCGAAGAUGCCUGUCGAGGAUUCAUGUCUUCUAUGCCAUCAGUCAUGUACGCUUUAGGUGCCCUGGUAUCCAUAAUCCUCGGCUGGUUAACCACGUACCACAACACUGCUUAUAUAAACUUCGGCCUGGCAGUUGCGAAUGCGAUCACAAUGUGGUUGCUUCCUGAGACCCCGGUGUAUUUGUGCUUAAUUGGAAAACAUGUGAGGAAGCAUUGAAAUCGUUAUCUUUCUACCGUGCGUCUACGACCAAAGACAAGGCUGUAAUCGAUGAGAUGGCAGAAAUAAAAGCCAACCAAGACAACAAGCAGAGGUCUGCGACACUAGUACCGACUGAAGAACCCGUGACACAGGAUCCCGAGAAGCAAAAUCUAGCGAAAGAAGAAUUUGUUCCGCCUGCAAAACUAUCAGCUUUGCAAUAUUUCCGCAUUUCUCCUGGAGCGCGCUGGUCCUUUAUCGUCGUCACUUUACUCAUGACUCUCUCCAUCUUCACGGGAGUUACCGCCAUCCAAGUGUACGGUGGAACACUCUUCCUCAAGGCCACCCCCUCUCUAUCGCCUGAUGUGUGCGCCGUUCUUAUGGCUUCGAUCUUGAUGGUGGGAUCCAUCGGUGGAGCUGCUUGCACGGAUUUGUUUGGCAGAAGGAUUUUACUGACAUCAGCAUCUUUUAUAAACGGGGUCUGUAUGGUGCUGCUGGGUGUUAUGGUGCGCUGGCCAUUUGGCCCCGUGUGGCUGGUGCCUGCCGUUAUACUGGUCUUCUGCUUCGUUUUCAACUUUGGCGGUGGCAUGAUACCGUAUGUGCUGUUGGCCGAAGUAUUCGUCCCUGAGGUAAAAGGCUUCUCACAAUCCAUUAUGAUGCUAUGGCUGUACAUCGUCAACUUCAUCUAUCUUCUCGCCUUCGUGCCAGCAGUAGAAUUCAUAGGCCUGCAAGUUGUUUUCUUUGUGUUCGCGGGCUGUGCCUUCACCUGCACAUUAUGUACCUACCACAUGAUACCAGAGACCAAGGGCAUGAACCCUUACGCCAUCGAGGAAUUGUUUUCGGCGAGAAUAAAGGAAGGAAGGUGGUGGAUGAGACCUACUUCUGAGAAUAAGUGAGUCGUGUACAAAAUGAGGUUGAAGAACAAAAAUAAUUUCAGUAACAAGUCUUAUGUUAGUUAAUAUAGAUCUGCGAAGAUUUUGAAAGGUAGACGUGAAGUCUCUGAUAGGCAAUUGAUGGCCAAUAAAUAUGAUUGGAUCUUUAAUAAAAUCAUAUCAUAUCAAAUGUUUUUGGCCUAUCGUAGCUAUAAUAAAAAGCUUGUGGCCAUCAGUGAGAUGAAAAAGAUUUAUGAUGAUAAUAUAAGUAUGAUGAGGCUUGUAUUAGACAUGGACAUGACAGUUUGGUCAAUAUGGCACUCCAUACACAAUGAAACCUUAUAUUUAAAGACUACUCAAGUUCCUGAAAUGAGCCCUGAACAAAAUGUGCUUUAGAAACAAAGACGUUUGUGAUUUAAUGUGGUAAUAUACAAUUAAUAACCAGUGAUAUCCUAUGUA